GCGAAUGUUGCGGGCGUUAAGUGAAACACACUCUAUAUACAAUGUAUAUGUAUAGCAGAAAUAAGACGUUAUUUUUUCAAACAUUUUUUUGUUAAUUUUUUAAUGGAUAACGAGCGACAGCUAAAACUUGUUGGAGAUUACUUAGGGUCAUGACCUUGACAACAUAUGUCAAAGUCAAGGUUAUUGGAAGUUGCGCCCGUUUUCUAUAUAUGUAUUUACAUGAUCAUACUAAUCAGAGUGUAAAAAGAUUACUCGUGACGAAUAUUUUAAGAAAUAUAAAUUUUUAAUUAUAAAUAAUGAAGGUAAUUAUUCUUGUAUGUAAGAUAUCUUUGACCUCUCUCUUUGCCGGAGUUUGUGAAAGAGAAGCAUUCCUGUACUACUUUGAACUAUUCCCGAGAAAACAAUGACCGAUAGUGUACUUUGUAUGUAUGUAGAUGUGCACCCGCAUAUGCAAUUGUCAUGAAUACUAUAGCAGUUUAAGCUGAUUCGCGUUGCUUAUGAACUCCGGUUCAUAGACAGAUACCGUAUGUAGCGCUGCUAUUAAAUAGUGAAGCGCAGUGAUCGUACUAUCCGCAAAGUCAGACAGUGAACGAGUCGUGGUCCGACACGCUGCUUGCUAUCGAGUGCGAAUAAUCAGAUAUCGAAAAAAUGCGGGAAUGUAUAUCCAUUCACAUAGGACAAGCGGGCGUACAAAUGGGAAAUGCCUGUUGGGAGCUUUAUUGUCUGGAGCAUGGUAUCCAUCCAGACGGACAAAUGCCUAGCGAUGUUAGUGUGGGCUCCGGAGAUGAUUCCUUUAACGCGUUCUUUUCCGAGACUGGUUCGGGGAAGCAUGUCCCACGAGCGGUUUUGGUCGAUCUCGAGCCAACGGUGGUAGAUGAAGUGCGCACGGGUACUUACAGACAAUUAUUCCAUCCGGAACAAAUGAUUACCGGGAAGGAAGAUGCGGCUAAUAAUUAUGCCAGGGGCCAUUAUACAAUAGGAAAAGAAAUCAUAGAUCUCACUUUGGAUAGAAUACGCAGACUAACAGAGCAGUGCAAGGGCUUGCAAGGUUUCUUAAUCUUCCAUUCUUUCGGCGGUGGCACAGGCUCCGGAUUCUCGAGUCUGCUUAUGGAACAACUGUCCGCAGAUUAUCCGAAGAAAAGUAAACUGACCUUUAGUAUCUAUCCAGCCCCACAGGUAUCGACUGCAGUAGUGGAACCUUACAAUGCAAUUCUGUACACUCAUCCGACGUUAGAGCACAGCGAAGUGGCUUUCAUUGUAGAUAAUCAGGCCAUUUAUGAGUUAUGCAGAAGGAACUUAAAUAUCGAUCGACCGACUUAUACGAAUCUGAAUCGGCUGAUUGGACAAAUGGUUUCAUCCAUCACCGCCAGUUUACGAUUCGAUGGAGCCCUGAAUGUCGAUCUCACUGAAUUCCAGACGAAUUUAGUACCUUAUCCACGUAUUCACUUUCCACUCGCUACGUAUGCUCCGGUUCUGUCAGCAGAGAAGGCUGGACAUGAGAGAGUGACCGUCUCAGAAAUAACAAGUUCCUGCUUUGAACCGAAUCAUCAAAUGGUGAAUUGCGAUCCGCGCAUGGGAAAAUAUAUGGCAGUAUGUUUGCUCUACAGAGGCGAUGUGGUACCUAAGGAUGUGAACGCGGCGAUCGCGAUGAUAAAACGCCAGAAGCAUGUGCAAUUCGUCGAAUGGUGCCCGACGGGAUUCAAGGUGGGAAUAAAUUAUCAACCACCCACCGUUGUACCAGGUGGAGAUCUCGCGCGGGUAGAAAGAGCUGUUUGCUGUCUUUGCAACACAACAGCGAUCGUGGACGCAUGGGCCCGCCUUGAUCACAAGUUUGAUCUCAUGUAUGCCAAACGAGCUUUCGUACAUUGGUUUGUUGGGGAAGGCAUGGAGGAAGGUGAAUUCUCGGAAGCCCGGGAAGAUCUAGCCGCUUUGGAGCUCGAUUAUCGCGAGGUGCAAGAAGAUGCUGUUAACACCGAGGAAGAAGAGGAAUACUGAAUUCGCCAUUAUAAUAAUUUAUACUAUCAUUAUAAUAAUUUAUACUAAUACAUACAUGUUGUAUAACACGUUCUACCAUUAUAUC